AUGGAAAUCCUACCCCUAAGUGAUUACUCAGGGGAGAAGAAGCCAGAGGAGAGGGAAGGCCCAGUGGAACAUGGCCGCGGAUUCAAGAGGUGGAACCCUUACGUGGACAAUGGAGGAACGGUGAUCGGAGUGACCGGCAAGGACUACGUCAUCUUGGCCGCAGACACGAGACUGUCCCUGUCCUACUCAAUUUACACGAGACACUGUCCCAAAAUAUCACAACUAACGGAUAAGUGCAUUAUCGGCUCUUCUGGGAUGCAAUCCGACAUUAAGACGUUGCACUCAUUGUUGAAGAAAAAAAUUGAGCUGUUCGUCUUGGAGCAUGGGCACUACCCGGACAUUCACGUCAUAGCAAGGCUGCUCUGCGUGAUCCUCUACAGCAGAAGAUUUUUCCCCUACUACACGUUUAACCUGUUGGCCGGUGUCAGUAACGAUAACAAGGGAGUUCUUUACAAUUACGAUGCCAUUGGAUCCUACUGCGAAGCCACACACUCUUGCGUUGGAAGCGGAGCGGCACUGAUCUUUCCAAUUUUAGACAACCGAAUGGAACAGAAGAACCAGCUAAUCAAGAACCUAAACUUCAACCUGAGGGACGACAUUGAUUUUGUUAAAGAUGCCAUUACGUCAGCCACGGAGAGGGACAUAUACACUGGAGACAAAACGGAGAUAUAUAUUAUCGACCAGAUGGGCGUCAAAACGACCACGCUGGACCUGAAGCAGGAUUAG